UCACAUCCUCUUGUCUCAUGCACUCCCGAGGGUUGCGUUGGUUGACGAGUGCCGGCAAAAAGUGGAUCUGCUGCAGCUGCCCCUGAUCUCGCGGGUAGGGCAGGCCGCCUCCAUUAUCCUCUUGCAGAGCUGGCUUCAGCGACUCCAGCAUGCUCGCUAGCUUGGCCAAGACUUGAAGGCACCGGUGGACUCAUGCCGUCUUCACCUCUAUAGCCAUGAAGCCCCAACAUGCGGUGGAAACUCUCCUAAGGGCGCUGGGGAGAAGAGAGAGUUCCCGAGUUCCCGGCAACCACAGGCCGAGGAAGGUUUCUGAGCCUCACAGCUUCAAAGAGAAGGCCUUUAAGAAGAAGAAAAAGGCUUGUGUUGUAUGCAAGGAAUCCAUCCAGGCCCAGGGGCUCGUCUGUAAAGUGUGCAAAGUGGCAAGCCACAAAAAAUGUGAAGCCAAGGUGCCAUCCCCAUGCCAGCCCCUCCCGCCGCCUGAACUGAGGCGGAAUACAGCCCCAGUCCGGCGCAUUGAGCACUUGGGCUCUACGAAGUCCCUCAAUACUGCAAAGCAACGGAAUACACUGCCCCGGAGUUUCAGCUUGGAUCACGUAAUGGAGCGCAAGUAUGACUUUGACCUCAUCUACAUCACUGAGCGCAUCAUCUCUGUCUUCUUUCCCCCUGGCUUGGAGGAGCAGCGUUACCGGGGCAACCUCCGGGAGGUGGCCCAGAUGCUUAAAUCCAAGCACGAGGACAAGUAUAUGCUUCUCAACCUGUCAGAGAAACGGCAUGACAUCAUCAGACUGAACCCCAAGGUGCAAGAUUUUGGCUGGCCAGACCUUCAUGCUCCACCGCUGGACAAGAUCUGCUCCAUCUGCAAAGCCAUGGAGACCUGGCUACACUCUGACCCCCAGCAUGUGGUCGUCCUUCACUGCAAGGGGAACAAGGGCAAGACGGGCGUCAUCGUAGCAGCCUACAUGCACUACAGCAAAAUCUCUGCAAGUGCAGACCAGGCCCUCAGCACAUUGACUAUGCGCAAGUUCUGUGAGGACAAGGUGGCGGCAUCUUUGCAGCCCUCCCAGAAGAGGUACAUCCAGUAUUUCAGCGGGCUCCUCUCAGGCACAAUCAAGAUGAACAGCAACACGCUCUUUCUGCAUCAUGUCCUGCUUCCUGCUAUUCCAACCUUUGAGGCUGGAGGAGGUUACCAGCCUUUCCUGAAGAUUUACCAAUCCAUGCAGCUGGUCUACACCUCUGGAAUCUACAGCCUCCAUGGUUCAGGUGGGACUCAGAAGAUCUGCAUCACCCUGGAGCCAGCCUUACUUUUGAAGGGAGAUGUCAUGGUGAAAUGCUACCAUAAGCAACUCCAAGGAGCUGAGCGGGAUGUUGUUUUCCGUGUCCAAUUCCACACUUGCACCAUCCACACCACCCAACUUUGGUUCAGCAAAGAUGAGCUGGAUGAAGCCUGGAGAGAUGAACGCUUCCCCUUCGAAGCAAGCGUGGAAUUUGUCUUCUCCUCCAGCCCAGAGAAAAUCAAAGGCCGGGAGACUUACAGAAACAAUGCUGCCAUUGCCGUGGACUACAGUAUCUCUGAUCCUGUAGUGCGCUGGGACUCCUAUGAGAACUUCAACGUACAUCACGAGGAUAGCCUGGAAGAUGUAUUGCACACGCGGGGCCCUCUUGAUGGAAGUCUUUAUGCCAGGAUCAAGAAGAAAGGAGAGUUGAGUAAUUGCUCCUCCACCAAUGGCAGCCCCAGCAGUCCUGAGUCCCCUCCACAACAAGGCGGGCGCCUAUUGUCCAUCAGCAGUGACUCAGGGCACUCCUCCAUGCUGACGGAGAAGGCCGAUGAUAGCACGCCGCCUUCCAGGCCACAGCCUACGGCUGCUGAGAAGGAAGAACUGGACAGGCUCUUGGGUGGAUUUGGUGUCCAGCCUCGGCAGCCAAGUGAAGGGAGUAUCUCUCAUAAUGUUUCCCCUUCUUCCAUGAAAGAGAGAGAAACUGCCAUCUUGGAAGAUGAGCUUUCAGACAUAAGCCAGCCCGGAAUUCCUUAUUCAUACCAAACCCAGCGUUCAAGCCUGGCCCGCCAUUGUUCCUGUCGCCUCGGUUACCGCUCCCACAGCCCUGAGCGGCCUCCCAAUGUGGCCUAUUGUAGACCUGAUGGGACUUUGGAACGGCGACAGCCAGUCUAUAAUGGUGGGCACACCCAUCCGCAUCCUGAAGGUUAUGAGGAAAAACGGCGGGUGUUUCGCUCCUUUUCUGAGGGCAUUCAGCCCCACUCCUACCCCUUUAGCCAUGAAUCACUGCCCCCUCACAAUCCCAUGAGGAGGGAGCAUGAGGAGCUGCUGAUCCUGGAGGACCCCCCGACUUUCUUAUGUCCAUGUCAAGAUUGCCAAAAAGCAGCUCAUGAGGAGACAAGGCUGCCCAUGGCUUCUUUCUACAACCUACGUCUAGAUCGGGAACCGGAUCUAUGGGGAGUGGAGAAUGCAAGGCCGUCUCUGCUUCAUCAUCCCCUCCACCGGGGGGGACAGCCUGUGCCUCUUCUAAUGCCAGCUGCCUAUGGGCACCACCAUGUGCCUCAUGGGCAACAUCACACUUUGAACUGUGAGCCCAAGAUGAUGGCAGCGCACUUAGGCCAUGGUUACCCAACCCACCAGAGGCCAAAUCUGGCAGAAGAGAAUGCUGAGACAUUUGCUUACAAUCGCUAUGGCCCUGCCUACCCUCCGGUCGCAUCCUAUGUCUACGGCAGAGCCCCAGUCAAGCCUUGCAUCUCUCCUUAUGGCUCAGGGUAUUCGGGGUCUCCCCACUCUGGUUCUGUUUCGCCAACCAGUCCACUGUAUCCACCAGUCAGGAAGCAUGGCUAUGAGACUCCCGAAAACAGUGACGGAUACCUGCUACCAGGAGCCAGCACAGAGAAGUCAUGUGAGCUGCAAGACUGCAGGGAGGCCGUGCCCUGGCAAGAUGCUCCUGGCUCUUUGCAGCCGCAUCGGCAAGAGGUCCGAGUGGCUUGCACAGAUGCGUCUGGCUCUCCUAUGCCCGUGCACACCAGCAGCCCUGUGUUCGCCACAGACAGCUCAGGAACUCGUGAGCAUAGCAACAAGAUAGCCAACUCUCCUGAAAACCUGCUCCAUUCAAGCCCUGAAGGUCUGGCUUCUCCCGGCUGGAAAAGAGGCCCAGAGAAGAGGACUUCACCAAGCAGUCCCGCACAGACUCUGUCCCCCAUGCAAGCUUUCACCCACCUCCCCUCUGUCAGGCCGCAAGCUAAUGGAACAGCUCAGAGGCUGGGCCUCCAGAUCCCGCAGGCCUACUCCCGAGCCCACGGCCCUUCCAGCCCAGCCCACCCCACCCCUUCACCCACAGCCAAGCAGGGCAUCUUGUCAGAGGGCCAAGCACACCACAACGGUUCGGAUGUUUCAAGCCCCCGUUCCCCAGCAGCCCCCCGUGAGUUGCCUGCUGAAGAUCCCUUACAACGUCCGCUAGGGCCGGUGGUGGAAAGACCGGUUCAGAGGAGCAGCUCAGCCGUUUCCUCCUGCCACGCCCAGCCCCCUCCGGGCUGCAGGACUGUGUCCAGUGCUCCGGCUUCGCCUCAGAUGCCAGUGGUCUAUAAUGGGCAUUUGCACAGCGAGAGGCCUGAAUCGGAUAGGAGCGCCUUUCUUCAUUGCCCCAACAGCAGCCCCUCUCUGGGGCCCUGCGCCAUCAGCGUCCAGUCACCAGCCCCAGGUUAUGGUUUUGCUGACAUGCAAGGCUCACCAACCCCGGCCUUUCCCAUCGCAACAGCCUACUACACCGGGGCCGAGAGCAGCUGCUCCAGCUGGGAGCAGCUCUGUGAGCCUCUGCAACCUCCACUGCCCGAGAAGCAUCACGUCCUGGCCACCAGGCACUGGGAGAGGAGCUCCCCGCCUGGCCGUAGCCCCGGCUCUGCUCACCACGUCACCUUUGCGCCUGGAGUCCCUGAUGGCAGCCCUCCAGGAUUAGACCCACCACAGCAGGAGAACCAAGUUAGUGUCAAGUUUGUCCAAGACACAUCCAAGUUCUGGUACAAGCCUCAUUUAUCUCGGGACCAAGCUAUUGCCCUCCUAAAAGACAAGGAGCCCGGCACCUUCCUCAUUCGGGACAGCAACUCCUUCCAGGGAGCUUAUGGACUAGCGCUGAAAGUGGCAACACCUCCACCCAACAGCAUCAACCACUCAACCAAAGGAGAUCCCGCUGAGCAACUGGUGCGCCACUUCCUGAUUGAGACAGGACCCAAGGGAGUGAAGAUCAAGGGCUGUAACAAUGAGCCCCAUUUUGGCAGUUUGCCAGCCCUGGUGUCUCAGCAUUCCAUUACCCCCAUCUCCUUGCCUUGUCGUCUCCGCAUCCCAAGCAAAGACCUUGUAGAGGUGACCCCAGAGACGGCUGUUCCCACUAACAUGAGCACGGCUGCUGAUUUGUUAAAGCAGGGAGCAGCCUGCAGUGUGCUUUACCUGAGCUCUGUGGAAACGGAGUCCUUGACGGGCCCGCAGGCUGUGGCCAAGGCCACCACCAGCACGCUCAGCACCCCUCCCCGUCCUUCCGCGUGCAUUGUGCACUUCAAGGUGUCAGCUCAGGGCAUCACGCUCACCGACAGCCAGAGAAAGCUGUUUUUCCGACGUCAUUAUCCCGUCAACAGUGUCACGUUCUGCAGCACAGACCCUCAGGACCGCAGAUGGGCUAACCCAGACGGCACCACCUCCAAGAUCUUUGGCUUUGUGGCCAAGAAACAGGGCAGCCCUUGCGAGAAUGUCUGCCACCUCUUUGCUGAGCUAGACCCCGAGCAACCUGCAUCGGCCAUUGUCAAUUUCAUCACCAAGGUUAUGCUGGGGGCACAUCGGAGAUGAAGACUGAUCGGAGGAGUCUCUCCCACUUGGCACCACCUCCUCCUCUUCCUCUUGGCCCCUGCUUUCUAUCACCCACAAUCCCUUGUAAUGGGGCAACUGGACAGGCCUAGAUGGAGUCACUUGUAGACGUUUCCUAUUUCCUUCCCUGCUUCUCUCCCUCAUCCCACCUUUUCAGUCACUGCAAAAAGGAGGAGCAUAGAGGAGUGAAAACACCAAGGCUUCAUCCACUUCACCCUGCCUUAGAAGCACAGGUUACACACUUCUAACACUUCCCGCCGUAGCAGAUAAAGCACCCAAUGAGUGAGAACUCGGGAGAGGGCUGCUGCUGCAUGGAUCCACUUGCUCAUUGUGCUACAAGCCUAGCCUGAGGGCUGUACGUGGUCCUUGAAACUAUUCAGAAGCAAUGGGCCAAGAGGGUUCUUUGGGCUUGGCCGUGCCUGUUUUGAACUCGAUGGCUCUGAAACUUUGAGCUGACUUCCCAUCAUGGUCCUUCAAUGGAUACAAAUACCUUGGCCUUCUCAUGAGAAACUGUACGUCCCCUGUUCGGUACUUUCCAAAGCAGCAGCCAUGUUAGUCUGUCCCAACCAAAUGAAAAGGAAACAAUUGGAGGUGAAGACAGGGACAAAAUACUGUGGCUCUUUAAAGAUUUGUUUCAGGGUGAGUUUUCGUGGACAAAAAUCCAUUUUUUUCCAGGCACAUUCCUCCUCCUGAGGAGGAGAAUGCAACGAGAGAAGCAUUUUUAAUGUGUCUGAAGAAGUGGAUUUUGAUCCCCAAGAGCUCAAACUGAAACAAAUUUGUUCAUCUUUAAAGUCUAUGCUUGGAUGUGGUGGCACUGCGGGUUAAACCGCAGAAGCCUGUGUUGCAACAUCAGAAGACUAGCAGAGGCGUAAGAUUGAAUCCAUGCAACGGAGUGAGCUCCCGUUGCUUGUCCCAGCUCCUGCCAACCUAGCAGU